AUGGCUGAUAACUAUGACGACGUCGAUGAAGAUCCAAGGCUGGCAGCAUACGAAGAGUUGAGAACAACAUUGAAAACUCCUGAAAACCCCUUCACCGAUGCGAAAUUAUUGAAGUCCGGAAAUUUCGAUAUCGAUGAUUAUACGAAUGUCACGCACUCAUCGUCAAGUACUUCGUCGACUGCCGACACCCACAAUAUUUUGAGACUAUCGGAAAAUUCUCAUGAAGUGCCGUUCGAUCAUCGUGAAUGGGAAAUCUGCGAUCCAUCUUCAAAUAGAAAACGUCCUCCACGACAAAAUGAAUUUCUUCAACUUCUUUUAGAAAAUUCACGUUAUUCUUCAUACGUAUCAUGGGUAGAUAAAAGCCAAGGUUUAUUUCGAAUUCUUCAACCAGAACGAGUGGCUGAUCUUUGGAAAAGUGUUAAGUGUCGACAAACUCAAGGAAAAAUGAAUUAUGAAACAUUUGCAAGAGGCGUCCGAUAUUAUUAUGGAACAGGAUUGAUGAUUAAAACCAAUAAAAAGUAUACGUUCUGUUUCAAACAAUCAACACAGUGA